CUCUCCCUAUACCCUGUGACAUUAGAUUUUAAAACUGUCAUCCUAUUCGAUCCUAUUGUAUGGUUGUGUGUGACUGCAUGUAGUGCUAUGGUGGAGGUAUGUAGAUGACACAUUCACUGUACUUCAAACACAAGAUAUAGAUAGAUUUUUCGAACACAUCAACUCGAAGGUAGAGGCCAUUCAAUUCACUUAUGAAUUGGAAAGUCAGGAAGGGGGAACUUCCAAUGUUAGAUUGCAACGUAAAAAGGAAAGAAGAUGGGAAGUUAAACACUAGUGUUUACAGAAAACCCACACGCUCAAACAGAUAUUUAGAAUUCCGAUCAUCCCAUCCUAUGUCGGUUAAAAUAGGAUUAGUGAAAUGUUUAAAUGACAGAGCACAAAAACUAAGUAGUACCAAGGAAAAUCUAAGACAGAAAGUGAUACACAUAAAAGAAGACUUGAAACUGAAUAAUUACCCGGAUAAAUUAGUGAAGAAAUAUGUAAGUAAAAGUAAGUAAGUAAAUAAAAUAAAUAAUGAUAAUAGCGAUAGUUAUAAUAAUAAUAACAAUAAUGAUAAUUGUAAUAAUAAUGGUAAUAAUAAUAGUGAUAAUAAUAAUAUUAAUGACGACACCAACAAUAAGGAAUCUAAAUCAUCAACAGUAAUUCCAUACAAGGAAGAAACCUCGGAG